AUGUCAUUCGGCGCCAUAAUAAACAUCCAUUGGGCCUCGAAGGCUCAAGUCUCGUGCGGUCAGGUCUGUAACGCCCAAGGCGCAAUUCAAAUUCUAGGAGAAACUGCUGUUGCUCUUUUUACGCUCGCCAUCACACUCUUGACUUUUAUUUCGAUUGUUCGUGGAUGGGCAGUCAAGGCCCGGGUGUGGGUAUGGGGGAGCAUUGUGUUCGGGGUGUGGGCUUUUGGUGCGCUUUGGGCUGGGGUCGGGGGAGCUCUGGAGGGAUUUUAUGCCCCAACACCGUAUUGGUGUUGGAUUAGUGCAAAUUAUAAUGCGCAUAGAAUAGGUGCUGAAUACGUUUGGCUGUGGAUAUCUGGAUUCGGAAGCGUACUCUUGUAUACACCACUUUUCCUUCUUUUGAGAGGAAAUAUCAAAUGGGAUCCUGAAGUUGGAUGGGCAUCUUUGGCGUGGAGCUGGAGGGGGAAUAAUGUAUUGGGAAGCAACACAUUAUUAUGGUAUCCCCUUGCAUAUACGAUCACAAUCCUCCCAGUUUCCAUAGUACGUUGGAUCAUGUUUAGCGGUGGUCAAGUCAGUGCGGCAGCGUCGUUUGUAGCCGUCUCUAUAUUUAAUCUUUCGGGAGUUGUCAACGUCGGGUUGAUUCUACUGACGAGAACGAAUGUACUGGGGCUUGAUUAUCAAGCAAAAGAGGGUGCCGAGUCUCGGUCUGUCGGUGACCUGCUAUCAGGUGAAGAUUCCGUCGAGGGGGAUUUAACGGGAUUUGGAGGCGUUAGGGUGGUAAAUCAGCGUGAAUCGGGUCUUAUGGAGCGAGGUAUAGGUCGGACGGAAAAAGUAGUGUUUCUUCGGAUGGUUUGA